GCUCAGCUGCGCCGGGGGCCGCAGGCCGGUUCCCGAGGUGGCCCAGGCGCCGUCCCACCGCCGACGCCGCCCGGGCCGCCCGGGCCGUCCCUCCCCGCCGCCCCCCGUCCUCCGCCUCCGCCUCCCCCCGCCCUCCGCCUCCCUUCCCCCUCCCCGCCCAGCAGCGGUCGCUCGGGCCCGGCUCUCGGUUAUAAGAUGGCGGCGCUGAGCGGCGGUGGCGGCGGCGGCGGCGCGGAGCAGGGCCAGGCUCUGUUCAACGGGGACAUGGAGCCCGAGGCCGGCGCCGCGGCCUCUUCGGCUGCGGACCCCGCCAUUCCCGAGGAGGUGUGGAAUAUCAAACAAAUGAUUAAGUUGACACAGGAGCAUAUAGAGGCCCUAUUGGACAAAUUUGGUGGGGAGCAUAAUCCACCAUCAAUAUAUCUGGAGGCCUAUGAAGAAUACACCAGCAAGCUAGACGCCCUCCAACAAAGAGAACAACAGUUAUUGGAAUCCCUGGGGAAUGGAACUGAUUUUUCUGUUUCUAGCUCUGCAUCAACGGACACCGUUACAUCUUCUUCCUCUUCUAGCCUUUCAGUGCUGCCUUCAUCUCUUUCAGUUUUUCAAAAUCCCACAGAUGUGUCACGGAGCAACCCCAAGUCACCACAAAAACCUAUCGUUAGAGUCUUCCUGCCCAAUAAACAGAGGACAGUGGUACCUGCACGGUGUGGAGUCACAGUCCGGGACAGCCUGAAGAAGGCACUGAUGAUGAGAGGUCUAAUCCCAGAGUGCUGUGCUGUUUACAGAAUUCAGGAUGGGGAGAAGAAACCAAUUGGCUGGGACACUGAUAUUUCCUGGCUUACUGGAGAGGAAUUGCAUGUAGAAGUGUUGGAGAAUGUUCCACUUACAACACACAACUUUGUACGGAAAACUUUUUUCACCUUAGCAUUUUGUGACUUCUGUAGAAAGCUGCUUUUCCAGGGGUUCCGCUGUCAAACAUGUGGUUAUAAAUUUCACCAGCGUUGUAGUACAGAGGUUCCACUGAUGUGUGUUAAUUAUGACCAACUAGAUUUGCUGUUUGUCUCCAAGUUCUUUGAACACCACCCAAUACCACAGGAGGAGGCCUCCUUAGCAGAGACUACCCUUCCAUGUGGCUCAUCCCCUUCUGCACCCCCCUCCGAUUCUAUUGGGCCCCCAAUUCUCACCAGUCCAUCUCCUUCAAAAUCCAUUCCAAUUCCACAGCCUUUCCGACCAGCAGAUGAAGAUCAUCGAAAUCAGUUUGGACAACGAGACCGGUCCUCAUCAGCUCCAAAUGUGCAUAUAAACACAAUAGAACCUGUCAAUAUUGAUGACUUGAUUAGAGACCAAGGGUUUCGUAGUGAUGGAGGAUCAACCACAGGUUUAUCUGCCACACCCCCUGCCUCAUUACCUGGCUCACUCUCUAAUGUGAAAGCAUUGCAGAAAUCUCCAGGACCUCAGCGAGAAAGGAAGUCCUCUUCAUCCUCAGAAGACAGGAAUCGAAUGAAAACGCUUGGUAGACGGGAUUCAAGUGACGAUUGGGAGAUUCCUGAUGGACAGAUCACAGUGGGACAAAGAAUUGGAUCAGGGUCAUUUGGGACAGUCUACAAGGGAAAGUGGCAUGGUGAUGUGGCAGUGAAAAUGUUGAAUGUGACAGCACCCACACCUCAGCAGUUACAGGCCUUCAAAAAUGAAGUAGGAGUACUCAGGAAAACACGACAUGUGAAUAUCCUCCUCUUCAUGGGUUAUUCAACAAAGCCACAACUGGCUAUUGUUACCCAGUGGUGUGAGGGCUCCAGUUUAUAUCAUCAUCUCCACAUCAUUGAGACCAAAUUCGAGAUGAUCAAACUUAUAGAUAUUGCACGGCAGACUGCACAGGGCAUGGAUUACUUACACGCCAAGUCAAUCAUCCACAGAGACCUCAAGAGUAAUAAUAUUUUUCUUCAUGAAGACCUCACAGUAAAAAUAGGUGAUUUUGGUCUAGCCACAGUGAAAUCUCGAUGGAGUGGGUCCCAUCAGUUUGAACAGUUGUCUGGAUCCAUUUUGUGGAUGGCACCAGAAGUAAUCAGAAUGCAAGAUAAAAACCCAUAUAGCUUUCAGUCAGAUGUAUAUGCAUUUGGGAUUGUUCUGUAUGAAUUGAUGACCGGACAGUUACCUUAUUCAAAUAUCAACAACAGGGACCAGAUAAUUUUUAUGGUGGGACGAGGAUAUCUGUCUCCAGAUCUCAGUAAGGUACGGAGUAACUGUCCAAAAGCCAUGAAGAGAUUAAUGGCAGAGUGCCUAAAAAAGAAAAGAGAUGAAAGACCACUCUUUCCCCAAAUUCUCGCCUCUAUUGAGCUGCUGGCCCGCUCAUUGCCAAAAAUUCACCGCAGUGCAUCAGAACCCUCCUUGAAUCGGGCUGGCUUCCAAACAGAGGAUUUUAGUCUAUAUGCUUGUGCUUCUCCAAAAACACCCAUUCAGGCAGGGGGAUAUGGUACGUUUCCUGUUCACUGAAACAAACCGAGUGAGUGACAGCGUGUAGGAGGGUAGGAACAAAAGAAAGUGAACAUAUGUUUGCUUAUAUAUUUGUUAAAUUGAGUAGGAUUUUCUUUUUCUUUAAAGGUGAGCAAAGGAACAUGUAUGUUUUUUAAGUCUGGAUAUAGUUUUCUUCCCAGUCUAAAAUCCGUAGUUAGCAUUAGAUUUUCAACAUCGAAUUUUUUUUUUUAAUUCACAGACAUUGCUGAAAAUUUACUGUACCUUUUCCAGAGGCUUUACUUCCCAUUCCAAGUUUGUUUUGUUUACUUGGUUAGUCUAAUCAUUAAACUUUAGUUAAACUUUCCUCACCUACCUUUUGCUGUUAGCUCUCCCGCAUCCAUUAGGGGCUCCAAAAAUAGCACUGUGUGUGUGUGUUGGCAGGUGGGAAGCUGAUGGUAAGUUAGGCUGUGUUAGUGAAGGUAAACUGACCAGGUCUAAUUAGGAGUCACUAGAAUUGAAUAAGCUUAUUUUUAUUAAUAUUUUUCUUAUAACUAUUUCUUUUUGUAGUAAUUUGGGAAAUAUAAUUGUUCUUUAUUCCCUUACAGCAGUAUAAAUUAUCAGUGCAGGUAACCAAAGAUAUUACUGAGGAGUGGCAUGUUUGACAUGAGUGGCAUGUUUGACAUGAGUGACAUGGUUUAACUUUGGAUUUUUAGUUAAUAUUUCUUUAUAUAUUAAGGAUGUCUUACACAUUAUAGAAGUCAAAUUUGCUGACAAAAGUAUUGCCUCCUCUUCCUCCCAAAAAGCACAGCAGAAUUUUCUGGGAACUUGUAGGAUUGUUUGUUUUCUUUUGGAUAACUGUGGUUGCCAAACAACCAAGUAAUUGGUUUUCUUAAAAUUAUUGUUGCUUUAGAUUAUACUCACCUCUCAUGAUGCCUGUUAGCAAUCACUUUGUCCAUGUGUUUUGUAAAAUAUCUUUCCUCCUUAUAUUCUUUGCCCAACAAGAGUCCACUUGUUAUGAAUGAAUGCUAUUUUCUUUUUUUGAUUCCCCAGUAUAAUUAGUAUGUUUAGUGCUUUCUAGGACUUCCACUUUCUUGUAUUAAAAAAAAUAACUAAUGUGGCAGUCAGUAUAUUCUUACUGUGAAUCAUAGUCUUUACUGGGAAUCAAAGUGAAAGAAGCAGCAUUGCUAUUUUGACUUCAGAGUCAGCCUAGGGACCAAAGCCUCUUAAAAACACCUUCAUUUACUCAGUUUGGAUUUGUGAUGAUUUUCAUUAUAGCUGACAGUUCAAGGUUAUUCAGUGGCACACAGAUAGCAUCUGCAUAAAUGCCUUUCUUCUUAAAAAUAAAGGAGAAAAUUGGGAAGACUUUACACUAAUGAUAAUUUAGUCUUUAAGUACCACAGAUAACACACACCAUAAAUAAAAUUCUGAAAUAUUUUCUUUCUUUAAGUAAGUUAGACUUCAUCCAGGGAAAUCACUCAUUGAUAAGUUUGACAUAAUUUUUGCCCAUCAUUUGGGUAGCUUAAGAUAAACAAUACCAUUCAUGUUUUUAAAAAUCUAUUCAUAACUUUUAGUUUAGGAAAAGAACAUUUCUUGUAUUUUAAAAAAUGAGAAUGAAGUCAGAAAAGAAUGUGACUUAUUCAAAAACAUCAAAAUUCAUGAUCUCUAAACUUUCCAGUGACACUAAAGAUACGAUUAUUAGUAACUAUUAGGCUGGGGUUUAUUUAUUCCUGAAUUGAACAGCAAGCAUGUAGCCAGCAAAGUUUUUACAAAAUUGACUUUGGUCUGUGGAACGUUCAAACGUUCGGGCCAGAGUCACAUGAUCUUCCUGUUGAUGGCGCUCUGUUGUAGUUUCCCGGCAUAGUUUCUUCACGUUUAUCUUCUUGUCUUUAUUCACCCUCUUUUUCCCUCCAACGCUACCUCCACACCAACACUACCCAGCCAGCGCUCCACCUCUGCUCUGACUCUUUUCCGUCCUCUCUUUACCAGUCUCUUUUGCCAGAGGGCAUUGCUAAACUCUUAGAACUGCUCAGAAAACUUAUUAUACCACCCCACUGACAUUUGAACAUGCCUUCACAGGGUUACAUGGUAAUUCUCUUCUUCCCAAAUUGGGCCCACUGGAAAUGUUAUUGGGAGAACAUUAGAAAUGUAGCAGUUGAAAUAUUUAAAUAACAUGGAUACAGAGAAUGAAACGUGGUAGUUUUCCUUUCUGUUGUUGCUCUUUGUUUGAUACUGAGUUUUAGAUGUGUUUGUUCUCCAAACAAGAAAAACAUUUUCCUAACCAUGCGUAGCGUUAAUCUUUUUGGCUAAGGAAUUGAAACAGAAGGACCAACUUUCCUCCUCUUGCGACUGACAGCUUCUUUCCUAAAACCUGUAUGCUUGGAUAUUUUCAUUAAAGUUGAUUUCCUUCAGAAGGCAGCCUUUUUAUAAAAUAUUUUACAUUUUAAAAGUUUACUAGUCACUGAUAAGGAAUGAGGUUUGUCUUUUUGAUUUUAAGUAAUUUAGGGAUCACAGCAUUUAAAUAAAAUACUUCAGGUUUUUUUUUUUUUUUUCAGAUAUUACUGUAUUGUUGUACCAGCCAUUUAAAUCCUAACCAAGUAUUUAAACUCAUUCUCUCUAAAGUAGUGACUAGUUAACACAGUAGCUUAUAUGGCCUUCCUGCCAAAUGGAUCAGUCUAAAUGUAAGGAAAUCAUCUACCCUUUUUUUAAAGUAUUAUGAAAAUAUUUCAUGACAGAAACAUUUUGUCGGUUUAUAGUCUUAUUCGAGAAGUAUUGAGCAUUUCUAAAAUACCUUUUCUGUGAUGAUUUCUCUAAGAAUUUUAAAAAGUUCAGUGUGUCAGUGCCAGAAUGUUCCUCAUUUUUUUUUUAACUGCCUGAAAGGUCACCAGAAAGAAAGAAUGGGACUUACUCUUGUUUCAAAUGACUGCCCUUCUACAUCUAAAACAGGGAUUUAUUUUUGUACAAAAGAACAUUAGAUUUUUCCUAGACUAUUUUAUAUUUAAGAAAUUUUUAUCAAAUUAUAUGUCUAACAGUCACUGAAGUACAUUUAACUCUGGAAUUAAGAGUGAUUAUUUAGUAAUAACUUAAAACUAGUUAGUAAAGUCCUUAGCUUUCAAAUAAACAAAUACUUGAUAUUUGAGGUGUCUGAAAUCUUGGGAUCUUCCCAAGUGUUUUCUGCUUUUUUCCUACAUAAAAUCAAAUGGAAAAUAGAGCUGAGGUUAUUCUCAACCAGAAAGGAGGUUUUUAAAAAAUUUUAUUUUGACCUCUGACCGAUUUGGGGUUAAUAAUUAAAUUAAUAUACUGAGAUUUUUUUUUUUAAAGUCAGAAUAUCUAGAUGUUUCAUUUUGAAUAACUUCACAGAAGCAGAUUUGGCGCUUACACCAAAUAAAAAUAGAGUAGAAGUUGGGAUUUAUAGAUUUCCUGAUAUACAAGAAGGAAUAAGCAAGAAAAAAGGUUUGUUUUCCCAAAAUCAUAUCUAUUGUCUUUUACCUCUAUCUUUUCUUAAAUUGUCUGUGAUUUCAGAGGCAUGUAGAGUUCUAUUGAUACCUAAACUAUGAGUUCUUUUUUUAUAUAUAUAUUUUUUGGUUUUUUGCCCAAGAGGCAUAUGGGAUCUUAGCUUGAGAAAGCAACAAUUUUCUUGAUGUCAUUUUGGGUGAGGGCACAUAUUGCUGUGAAUAGCACGGUGAUAGCCACCAGGGACCAAAUUCGCACCCGCUGCAUUGAAAGAUGAAGUCUUAAACACUGGACUACCAGAAAAAUUCCUACACUGUGAGUCCUUUUUGUCAUCCCCUCCCCACACCCUCCACCCCCAACCUAAAGUCUGAUGAUGAAAUCAACUAUUCCAUUAGAAGCAGUAGAUUCUGGUAGCAUGAUCUUUAGUUUGUUAGUAAGAUUUUGUGCUUUGCCGGGUUGUGUCGUUUUAAGGCUAAUAUUUAAGUUCGUCAAGUAGAAUGCUGUUCAAAUUGUAAUAAUGAGUAGGAAACAUCUGAAGUUUUUUUUUUAGUUAUUUUUAACAUGGUAUAUACAACUGAGCUUAGAGUUUAUCAUUUUCCGAUAUUCUCUUAAUAGAUGAAUUCUAUAAAAAUUUUAUAAAGAUUUCUGUUAAGCAAAUCCUGUUUUCACAUUGGCUUCCUUUAAGGAGUUUUAGAUUCUGCCGGAUAUGGUGACUGCUCAUAAGACUGUUGAAAAUUACUUUUAAGAAAUGUAUUAGAAUACUUCUGAAAAAAAAUAGCAACCUUAAAACCAUAAGCAAAAGUAGUAGUAAGGAUGUUUAUAUAUUUCUAGAGUCCCUGUUUACAUAAUAGCCUCCUAUGGUUGUACUUUAAAUGUUUUGCUCUCCAGGGUUUUAGUAAUAAGGCUUUUUUUCUAAUCAGUGCCAAACUCCUCCAGUUCUUUUAACUUUAAAUAUGAGGUAAUAAAUCUUUUACCCUUCCUUGAUCUUUAGACUUACAACACCUUGGUCAAUUGUUUGUUAAAAGGAAUCCUUAAAUGGAAAGAGACAAUAUCAGUGUCUGCUGUUCUGGUUAGUAGUUUUAUUCAGAAUGGAAAAACAGAUUAUGCAUUAUUGAAAAUUGUUCAAGGGUAUGUUCAUUGUUAAGACCUUGGGCUUUGGAGUCAGUGCCUAGCUAUGCAUUCCAGGCCUGCCAUUUUCUGGCUGUGAAAUUUUGGACAAGUUACUUAACCACUUCAAACCCCAGCUUUAAGAAGUAAAUUAACCCCAGUAAAUUAAGAAAUAAUAGCAUCCGCUUCAUAGAGUUGUUAUGAGGCUCAGAUGCAGUGCAAAUGUGUAUAAAGUAUUCAGGGAGUCACCUGGUAUACUAUAAUAGACACUAGAAUAGUUGCUAAUAUUAUCAGCAUACAAUCUGAGGAUUCUGUCAGCCAAUCAUUAGCAAUCUGUUGUUUGUUGGGACAUGCCAGUGUUCUCCAGCUGAAAUCAGUAGCAACCUAAAAAUGGAUAGAUUAUUCCUCAUUUAAAUAGUGUAUUCAUAUAAGUGAUUGCUUGGAUCCUUAUCAGAAGUUGCUGUUACUGAAAAAUGAUCUUAAGGCUGACUAAGUUGUGAUAGUUGUCAGUUACCAGCUCCCUGAAAUGAAUAAGAGGAACCUGUCUCUAGUUCCUAGUAGAAGGUAUGGACAAAAUAGUAGGUGAAAAACAAUGUCUUGAAGUCCCCAAAUUCAGUAAGCUUAAAAGACCUCAAAGGGUCUUGACAGUUUAAAAUUUGUAUGCUGAGAAUGAUGUUCAUUGACAUGUGCCUAUAUGUAAUUUUUUGAUAGGUUAAAAGGUGAAAUGAACUACAGAUGGGAGAGGUCUAAACUUUCUUUCCUUCAGUCAAAUGUGUAAUGUGGACAUACUAUUUGACCUGUGAAUUUUAUCUUUUACAAAAGGAGAUUAAUUCAUGCUUCUUCCUUCCUGAUAGUUGCAUUAUAAUAAUGAAAAUGAGUUGAUAAUUUGGGGGGAAGGUAUUCUACAAAUCAGCUUUGUUUUACCAUUGGUUUCUAAGCAGUUUUGUUCAUUUGAACUGUUUAUAGCUUGAUUAGAAUCAGCAUGUAAAACCCAACUGGGGGAUUAUCUGCAGACUUAAUGUCGUAUUGUGUCAGUUGUCUUCUUUCAUGAUUUCAACCAUUUUUGCUUUUGUCGUUGCUAGAUCUGUAGUAUAUAGCUAGUCACCUUUCAGCGAGGUUUCAGCGAGGCUUUUCUGCAUCUCUAGGUUAUUUGAGAUAACUUUUUUAAAAUUAGCUCUUGUCCUCCCUCUACAGGAGAAUUUGCAGCCUUCAAGUAGCCACACCAUCAUGACAGCAUCUACUCUUAUUUCUUAAGUCUUGUGUUCGUACAAUUUGUUAACAUCAAAACACAGUUCUGUUCCUCAACUCUUUUUAAAGAUAAAAAUUUUCAGUGCAUAAGCUGGUAUGGAACAGAAGGAAAUUUCCCAUCCAACAAAAGAGGGAAGAAUGUUUUAGGAACCAGAAUUCUCUGCUGCCAGUGUUUCUUCUUCAACACAAAUACCACAAGUCUGCCCACUCCCAGGAAGAAAGAGGAGAGACCCUGAGUUCUGACCUUUUGAUGGUCAGGCAUGAUGGAAAGAAACUGCUGCUACAGCUUGGGAGAUUUGCUCUGGGAAGUCUGCCAGUCAACUUUGCCCUUCUAACCACCAGACCAGUAUGUGGCUGAUCAUCUGAUGGGGCAGUUGCAAUCACCAAGCCUCGUUCUCUUUCCUGUUCUGGGAUUGUGUUGUGGAACCUUUUCCCCUAGCCGCCACCGGGUCAUUUCUGAGGGAUGGAACAAAAAUGCAGCAUGCCCUUCCUGUGUGUUGCAUGUUCAGUCCUUGACACAAUUUUUACCAAAAUGAAGCUACUUUAUUUGAAAGGAGGGCGAGAGGUGAGGAGGUCGGUUUGGGUGUGGCGGAAAGGGAAUGCUGCAUCUUUUUCCUGGGCUGCUGGGGCUCUGGCCUUGGCUUGGCCAGCCGGAAGCGCUGGCGCGCAUCGCCUUCUUUUCCCAUUGGGUCCAGCAAUGAAGACGAGUGUUUGGGGUUUUUUUUUUUUCUCCACCAUGUGGCAAGUUCUCAGGAAAAUACAAUUGAUACCUUCCUCCUAAGCUCUUCCAGUCAGUCACCAAGUACUUAUGUGGCUACUUUGUCCAGGGCACAAAAUGCCUGUAUCUAAUUAAAAGCCUACAAAACUGCUUGAUAACAGUUUUGAAUGUGAGACAUUUAUGUAAUUUAAAUGUAAGGUACAAGUUUAAUUUCUGAGUUUCUUCUAUUAUAUUUUUAUUAAAAAAGGAAAAUAAUUUUCAGAUUGAAUUGGAAUAAAAUAAUAUUACUUCCCACUAGAAUUAUAUAUCCUGGAAAAUUGUAUUUUUGCUACAUAAGCAGCUUUUAAAGAAAGAUCAUUACCCUUUUCUCUACCUAAAUCUAUGGGGAGUCUUAGCCUAAUGACAAAUAUUUAUAAUUUUUAAAUUAAUGGUACUUGCUGGAUCCACACUAACAUCUUUACUAAUAUCUCAUUGUUUCUUCCAACUUACUCCUACACUACGUCCUACAUCUUCUUCCUAGUCUUUUAUCUAGAAUAUGCAACCUCAAAUAAAAGUGGUGGUGUCUUCAUUCAUUCUCCUCCUUCCUUUUUUCCCAAGCCUGAUCUUCAAAAGGUUGGUUAAUUUGGCAGCUGAGUUCCCCAGGCAGAAAAUAGACCAAUUUUAGGUGUAUUGGGACUGAGGGAGGAUGUGUAAAGACUAACAUCAGUAAAGAACUGCUGUGGAAUAAUCAAGAACCUUGUUCUUUAUAACUGGAGAAUUAUAAUCUAAUCAUAACUUCCCUCAGCCUUUACUAAAGUGUGAUGUAAAUCACAGUAGUAGCAAAGAAAGUGACUCUGGAUGUAUUCCUGGCCAAUACCUCCCUUAUCAUGAAUCUAGACUCUUAUCAAGAUUUAAGAAUGUAAAUCAAAUUAAAUGUGCCCAGCCAAGCUAUGUAGUAAAGGACCUGAACAAUAUUAGGCAGAACCUAUAAAAUAAAUCAGGGAAUUAGAAAUUAUUUAAAGUUUCCAAAUUGUAAAUUGCCCUGGUGUCUUUCAGCCUACUAAAGCUUACUGCCAUUAUUUUUGCUACAAUACCUACAUUUCAGAGGAGGGCCUACUGAAAAUUCCAUGCAAGUGGAAAAUAAUCCUCAAGUUAUUAACGAGUUUGAAAAGCAAUGAGUUCUUAAGUCUUUGGUGAGUAGAGCAAGAUCCUACAAAAUUCAGAAAUUGUAAAAAUGGAUUCAUGCUGAUUUGAAGAGCAUCUGUGUGCAUAAUAUAAUGCUGCGUCUCUUUUAAAAGCAGUGUCUAUUUUUCUUUUUAAAUUUGUCCCCAUAGAUGCUUUUGAACAUGAACAUGCUUGUGUUACCUUUUCCGAGGUUGGGAAGAGCCAGGAGCUCUCAGGCAGGGCCCUCUCCCUCAGCCGGGCAGGAGCUGCCCAGGAGGAGCUGGUUAUGGAGGAAGCUUAGCGUUGGCAUUUUCAAAAUUCAAGGUGAUAACGCUUUCUUCUUCCCUUUCUGUUUUAGAAUAGAUUGCUGUCUGAUUUGAAAAAGGGAAAUAGAUUUGAUCUCAAAUGAAUCUACCCAGAAGCCAGGCUCAGGGUAUUGAGAGAUUUGUAUAGUGCCCUCAAAAAAUAACAAAAUUUUAGCUUUUUUUCUUCUUUUCUCCAUCAAAUUCUUUUUUCUCUAGUUUACAAAUAAGAUGGAAAAGGAAUUUCCCCUGAGUUUUGUAUGCCUUUUUUUUUUUUUUUUUUUUUUUUUUGGCUUAGACUACGGAUAGGCAUGUUGAGCUCCUAAGAAAAUACAAGGAGGAACUCUUUGUUGUGCAGAGCACUUUAUGAGUAGUUUGUGUGGAUAGUAUGUGACUGCUUCCCUGACGAACUUGUGAGGCUGUACUUCUGUCUUUCCUGUAAGGCGGCUGCAGUGCCUUCUGUAGUGUAUAUAAGGAAAGGUUACGCCUUCUGAAAAAUCUCAGAGCAACCAUAAGAAGAUUAUUUUAAAAUAUGUAGUAUUACUGAUUACUUUUUCAUCAUUAAAUUAGUCUAGCAUCUAAACUUUUACCACUGAAAUAAUAUUGACCAAAAAGCAAUUUAUAAAAGGGAUUUGUGAAUAGAAAAUACAAUGUGAUCAUUUGUACUUAUGUGCACCUUAAAAGGAAUUCUGUCUAGCUGUCAAAUUCUGGUUCCUUAACAUCCAGUCCUUGAUUGCGAUUGAGAUCUGGUAGGACGUGCUGGGGCAUGCUAGCAGAUAAAAUCCCAUAUACUUUAUGAUAGAUGUUAUAUUUAUGUCAGUGUUGGCAAAGAGCAUUGUGUAGUAAUAAAGAAUUCAAGACUUCAGCAAUGUCAACCUGAAACUUUGUAAAUAUUUCCUAGAUUGUCAUUUGAUGCAGUCACAGCUCUUUAUCACACAAUGUUAUCUUUUCCUCAUCAGGCAAUUUUAGAACUGCUGCACACCCCUCCUCAAAUCUCACCUGCCCCUCCUGUACAUUCACCUCUCCAGCCUUGUGCACACCUCAUUUAGCUUUAGUUUGAAACACAUUGCAGGGUUCAGGUGACCUCUUCAAAAACUACCUCCUCAGAAUGAGGUAAUGAAUAGUUAUUUAUUUUAAAAUAUGAAAAGUCAGGAGCUCUAGAACAUGAAGAUGAUCUAAGAUUUUAACUUUUAUGUAUACUUGUAUUUGAGCACUCUCCUUUUGUCCUAAAGGGCAUUAUACAUUUAAGCAGUAAUACUGAAAAAUGUAGCUCAGAGUAACUGAAUGUUGUUGAAAGUGGUGCCAGAAUCUGUUUUAGGGGUACGUAUCAGAAUCUUAACCUUAAAUCAGUUGCAUGAAAUUAAAUAGUUAAUGGUAACACUUGACUAACAUAUAAUUUUAAUUUUUGGUAGGCUUUUAGCAAGACAGUACAUCUUCAUAAUGAGUUAGCCACAGCUUCAUCACAUGCACAGAUUUUCCUGUUGAGAGACUGCCCAGUUAAGAAAGUAGAAUGAUGACCCGUUUUUCAAGAUUCUCCUUUGUCCAAACUGGCAUUGUGAGUGCUAGAAUAUCAGCAUUUUGAAACUAGUGAUUCCAACUCUUAGGCUAUUAAAAAGCAAAACAAACCAAACAAACCAUAGUGAGACAUGGAAAGUUUAUAUAAACAGCAAAUAGCUUACAGGUCAUACAUUGAAAUGGUAUAGGUAAGGCGCUAGAAAAAUACCUUGACAAUUUGCCAAAUGAUCUUACUGUGCCUUCAUGAUGCAAUAAAAAAAAAAGAAUUUUAGCAUAAAUCAGUGAUUUGUGAAGAGAGCAGCCACCCUGGUUAAUAUUUUUUAGCGUGCAAUUUAGACUGCAAAGAUAAAUGCACUAAAGAGUUUAUAGCCAAAAUCACAUUUAAAAGGUGAGAGAAAACACAGGUAAAUUUUCAGUGAACAAAAUUAUUUUUUUAAAGUACAUAAUCCCUAGUAUAGUCAGAUAUAUUUAUCACAUAGAGCAAAUAGGUUGAAACCACAAUUCAGUGACAUUUCUAGAGAAACUUUUUCUACUCCCAUAGGUUCUUCAAAGCAUGGAACUUUUAUAUAACAAAAGUGUGAUGGUCAUUUUAAAUUGCUGUAGUUCGGGGCUGAAGUACUGUGUGCUGGGCAGCAGUCAUAUGUAUUAACUAGUGAGAAGGGAGAAAUUAAGAUAUAGGACAGAAUUUGAUUUUCUUGUUCCCAGAGUACUGCUGCCAACCUAGACACUGAUUUUCCAGAGACUGAAACGUAAACUUGCCGCUCAGGAAUUGUUUGCAGAUUCAGUGGGACUGUCCUGCUUAUGCUGUUCAAAAAUGCUCUGAGGGCCAGGUGGGGUCUCCAGGGGCUCCUCUCUGAGGGUACAUCAGACUAGCUCACGGCCUGGUGGGCAGAUGUGAACUGGACACACUCCGUGGUGUGCUUCCUGUAUCUUGGUCCCUUGCCACCCUCAAGAAAGGCUUCAGCGGGUUCUCUAGAUGUCUCCGAGAAGGUGUGUUACUAACAGCCGUGGGUUGUUGAGCACCCGAGGAGUGCAGUAGCAUCUCUGCAUGAUUGUAUAUUGGCCCAAGGAGAAUGAAGUGGCCAGUGUACUCAUGUUCCAUGUUGCUAGCUCUGGUAAAUUGAAACUACUGGUAAGAUUUUUGUUUUAUCAGUACGCUAGAGAGUAAGCUUUGUUUUGUUGUUUUUAGAUAAUCAAUUUUCACUUCCAUUUGGAAAGACAUUUAAAUUGAGUUUCAGUCAUGGUAAUUAGCAGUUUCUAUCAGGUAUUUUUAAGGUAGAAGCGGAUAGAAACAUAAGUUCUAAAAUCUUAAGGUAACCGUGGUUUAUUUUAAAAUGCUUAGGGGUGGUUAGUCUCUACCUCAAAAAAAGUGAUUGAGUGAAUCUUUUAUUUCAGCAUUCACAAGUUCGGCUGUUGUUUUUGUAAUACUAUUUUUUUUUAACCUUUGACCCCCUUUAUGUAAGUGUCAAUGUAGUUUUAUUAAUUACUAAGUUGGUUUCAUUAAAAUGUUUAUUUAGCAGUUUUGACUAAUUGCAGUGAUUAAUAUAGCCAGUUGUGCAUGAGGACACAGCCAGUGAGUAUAUCUGGGGGUUUUUUGUGAUGCUUUUUUUCUUAAGGCUUCUGUAGAUUUAGGAAGUACUCAUUGACGACAACUAAAAUACAUGUUAUUCAUGUUGAUAUGGAAAAAAAAAAGCUAUGUGCAGACCAUCUGCUUCUUCUGGCAGGCUGAGCACAUUGUCCAUCACCCACAAGUGGCUGGUUCUCAUCGCAGAAUCUACGUAGGGAAUUGGGCAUGAAAUUCACUUAAGAGAUAGAGCAGAGGAAGUGUUCUGUUUACAGGAAUGGAGAUGGGAGUUAUGAGUAAGUGGCUUAGUCAGUUGGCUUUGUGUUGAAAAUUAUUGUGUUACAUUUGUGUUAACCUACUUAUGUUUUGACAGUAUAUGUCACAUAGGAAGAAACCUCAGACUAGCAUAAGCAACAAAGCUCAGACUAGGCACAAAUGUAGACAAAAUGGACCAAAAUGGGAGGGGGGAAGGUAUGGGAGUAAGUCUAGGGGUAGGGAAAAAUUAAUGUGAGGGUGGGAAGUAAACUGUAAUUACCUGAAAUAAAAUGUAAGAGUGCAAUAAGUGUGCUUUUUAUUCUAAGCUGUGAAUGGGUUUUUUUAAAAAAGCAUUCCUUCCCAAUGCAUUUGCCUAUGUUCCAUAGCUGAUUAAAACCAGCUAUAUAAACAUAUGCCUUUUUAUUCAUGUUAAUUACCAACAUAAAUGGCUAACCUUUACGUCUUAUUUAUCUUCAUGUUUAUGUUAGUUUACAUACAGGGAUGUGUGUGUGUGUAUGCCAUAAAUUUUCCCUCCUUCAUUUAAAAAUGCAUUUGUUGGGUCCUCUGUUUCCUUAGGCCAUGUCACAGGUCAUAGUCUCAGCUUGGCCUUUCUGUCACCUGAUUUGAAGGACUAUCACAGUGACAUAGCUCGUUCAUUGGUUGUACACACUAACCCUUUUCCUUGCUCAGCAAUUACUGUUUCUUCUAAAAUAGGGGUGUACAACCAUGAGAUUGAAAUUAACUGUUUGACAUAUGUCCCUUUGAAUUCUAUUUAUUAGUUAUGAUUGCUCUUUGGUUUGGACCAAGAAAAAGGAAAUCCCGCCUCCCCACCUUUUCACUUCUUAGUUUGAGGACAAUUCUAUAAGAGAGAGGAAAGGGAACUCCUUCAUGUUUUAACUGCAGCGAGUUAAUGGCCCUGGUUUACACCAAACCUUAUGGUGAUUCACAUUCACAUUCCUCUCCUCUCUUGCUGCCAAAGGUUUGGGUUUUGUUCACUUCAGUUCUGCUCAAGCAUUGAAAAAGUUUUCAUGGAGUCUGGAGUGUACCCAGUGAAAAGAUGGUUUUUAAUUGUCCACAGACCUCUCUGUUCCUGCUUUGCAAAAAUUACAGAGGAGUAACUAUUUUUAAAGCUUAUUUUUCAAUUCAUAAAAAAGACAUUUAUUUUCAGUCAAAUGGAUGAUGUCUCCUUGUCCCUUAAUCCUCAGUGUUUGCUUGAAUCUUUUUAUUUUUUAUUUUUUUCCAUUUUUUCCCAUCCCCACUUCUUGAUACUUCUUGAGUUCUCUUUCCUGCUCAGGUCCUUUCAUUUGUACUUUGGAGUUUUUUCUCAUGUAAAUUUGUACAAUGGAAAAUAUUGUUCAGUUUGGAUAGAAUGCAUGGAGAAUUAAAUAAAAAAGAUAGCUGAAAUUCAGAUGGAAAUUUAUUUGUGUAAAGUUAUUUAAAAACUCUGUACUAUAUAAAAGGCAAAAAAAGUUCUAUGUACUUGAUGUGAAUAUGCGAAUACUGCUAUAAUAAAGAUUGACUGCAUGGAGAA